UCCAUAUUAUAAAAAUAGAAGUGAAUGACGGUGAUGAAUUAGUUUAAUGACUCCACAAAAAUAGAACUGCCCCAACGAAAUAAAAAGUCAAAAAGUGAAUUCGUAUGUAAGAAGUGGAAAAUGAAGAGCAACACUUUCUAUUAUUAUACUCUUCUCUCACACAAAUGCACGAUCCUCCAUUCUCCUUCAUUCUUCUCUUCGUCAUAUUCGUACCACCCAUCGUCGCUUUCUUUCUUUCAUCUCUCCGCAAAACACCCCACGCCACUCCGAAUCUCGCUUCCUCCGAUGAUGACCCGAACCCGUUGCUGGAGUCGGGUCAGGAUGAAUUGAAGAAGAAAAAGAAGAGGAAAGGCAAGAAGAAGAAAACGAAUGAAUGUUUGGAUUCGGAUACCCGACCCGAAUCGGAAUGUUUGAACCCGUUUACUUCUUCGAGUAGUGUUAUGCAGAAGAAGAUAAAACCGCACUAUGAUGAGCUUGUUAAAUGCAACCAUUCAAAUAAACUCACACUCUCACAGGUUGUACAGUUUGCAAACAGUUUGGUUGAUGCUAGGAGUGAGCUACAACACAAGGCUGAUCUGAUACAACGCAAGUUUGUGAUAACAAAAGCUUUACUAUGCAAAGCAGAAAGAUCUUCUUUUGACCGACUUCGACAACAGAUAUACAAGCUUGAAUUAGAGCAAAAACGAUUGGAAGAGGAUGCUUUUGUUUAUAAUUGGCUUCAACAACAGCUUGAACUCUCACCAGCAUACAAGAAGAUGCUUGAAAUUGGAGUUUCCAUGGAGAAGGAAAAAUCCUGUAAGUUGGGAGACAGAAGAGAUGAUGAAUUUUCUGACAUUUCUUUUGAAGAACUAUUGGCACAAGAAAAGAAGGAUUCAUUUUGGCAAAGAAAUGGGAAAUCAAGACAAAGUUCAAGCUAAUGACACUGCUAGUUUAGAUAACAUUAACUAGAGUUAGUUUAGGAUGUAAAUCCAAAUGCUAUUUCUGUAUUUUUUGGAUUGCCACAGGCAUGUCCUUUUUGGUUCUUUUCCUGUGCUGUUUUUUGGUGUUAUAUGGAAUGGAUCUAUUGCAUGCAACUGCGGCACAUCCGUAGUCGUCGGACUGACGGCCCAGAUUGCAUGCAAUUUUCACUUCAUGCAAUCCAGAUCUAUAUAAUUAUAGCUUAUAUUGCUUGAGUUUCAUUGAAUGGAUGUGACGUUCAGAUAUAUACUAUGAAAACAAACUUAUGAGGUUUUGUUUGCUGAGCUAAAAACAGAUGAGACUCUAAUGCUGCUCCUUACCUGGA